UGCAAUACGAGGUCACUUUUGCAUUGUCCCAAGGCGAGAUCAUACAUGAGCAGUCAGUCAACACCGCAGCGCCGACCCGCGUUUGCCGGUGAGCUCCGGACGGACUUUCGGCGUCACGCCAACGCGACGGCGUCGCCUCGGAGCCGGGGCACGGGGCCAUCUCCGUCGUCGUCGUCGGUCCACUCGCGCCAUCCGUCGACGGCCGACUCGCACUCGAGCGGGCACCAAACCAUAGCGGCCCCGUACCGCCCACUCGGUCUGCCCGACACGGACGUUGCGAUGCUCUCGGACGAACGCGAGUCCGAGCCCAAGCCGGUCGAGUACCACGAUGAUUACUACACGCACCUCUGGACGACCGACGGGUCGCGUCUCAAGCGCCUCUACUUUGGCAUGACGGGCCUCCUCCUUGCGAUUGUGCUCGGUGUUGUGCUCGCAUUCGUCGUUGAUCAAGCUAUGCACGAGUCGCCGCUCUCGGUGGACGCCGUCGACGCAAUGGCGCCCGCCGACCUUGUUUCGCAGCUGCGCACCGUCGUCACCAACUUGGCGACGAGGAAGAUGUGGUACGACUGGAUCAAGCUGCCCGGAGACCUCCUCAUCCGCGCGCUCUCGUGCCUUGUCGUGCCGCUCGUCUUUGUCAACGUGACCGUCGGGAUCGCAGACCUCGUCGCCUUGCACAAGGCGACGCUGGUCGGCUGGCGCAUGGUGCUGCUCUUUCUCACCACGUCGAUCCUGUCGGCGAUCCUCGGUGUCUGCUUGGCGUCCAUCGUGCCCGCCAGCGUCUUCCGCGUCGAGUCGACUGCCCUUCUCGGUGACGCCAACGUCCGCAACGGAACCGCGAUCCCGGCGCGGCUCGCGUGCAACAACGACCCGAGCGUGAACGCGACCAACUACCUCGGUGUCGACAGCGACGGGACCAUGGCGUGCCUCCCGCGCGAGAGCUUUCUCAAGCUUGUCGACGUCAACAAUGUCUACGAGCGCGCAUCGAGCUCAUCGCACGGCGCGCACAAGUCGACAAGCCAAGUGGUGUUUGACCUCGCCGACGAGCUUGUCACGGACAAUCUUCUCGGCGCGUUCGUGCAAGAGAGUGCGCUGCUGAGCGUCGUGGUUCUCUCGAUCCCGAUCGGCGUUGCCCUCGCGUCGCGCCGGCAAGCAACCAACCCGAUCUUGGAUUUCUUCCGGCAGCUCAACGCGAUCUUCCUCAUUCUUGUCGGGUGGGUCAUCAACUUUGUGCCUAUCGCCAUCAUCUUCCUCGUCGCGUCGUCCUUCAUUCUCCCCGACGACCCGACGUUCCCGGCCAAGCUACCGUCGGUCCCGGCGGCGGCGUGGGACUCGACAACGACGAUUGUGCUCGAUGCGACCACGCUCGCCAACCUCCGUAGCCUCCUCAAGAUCGUCAUUGUGCGCCAAAACUCGUUCUUUGAAAACUUCGGCGCCGCAGCGCGUGCGAUCGGGACGCUCGUCGCCGUGUUUGCGACGGGCACGGCCGUGCACUGCUACGUCUUCUUGCCGCUCCUCACAUUCUUAUCCACGCGCCGCAACCCGAUUCCAUACAUUUUGCAGCUGAAGAAGCCGCUCAACUUUGGCUUUGGCUCGAGCUGUUCCCUUGCGGCCCUUCCGAUGCUUAUCCAAGCGAUGGACGGGACGCGAUGCGUGUCCCAGCAGCUCACGCGCUUUGUUGUGCCUGUCGCCACCGGCAUUCACAUGGACGGCGCGGCGUUCUACCUUGCGGCGGGCUCGGUCUUUCUCGUCCAGUCGCAGCCGACACUGGUCGAGUGGACACUCAGCAAGGCCGUCAUGAUCACGCUCACGUCCAUCAUUACGUCGUGGAGUGUCUCGCCCGUGCCGCACGCAGGUCUUCUCGGUCUCAUGGCGGUCUGGAAUGCGGUCGUGAGCGAUGUGCCGCCGGCCAACUUUGUGUGGAUCGUCGCCAUGGACGUCCUCCUCGAUCGGUUCGCGACGUACAUGAACAUUCUCUCGAACGCGGUUGUGACGCGCAUCAUCGCCGAGCAGAUUGACGAGACCUACGUUGACGAGCAAGACCGACUCGGACAUACGAAUGACGACGACAGCACGCCCGUUCUUUUGCAUCGGCCGUAA